AUGACCGCCGCCUCCUCCCCGCCUUUUCAAUUCGUCGUUCUAGACGGGACUCCUGAUUUACUCACCACUCCCCACAUGGCGCAGUCAGUGCAGCCUCCCAAUUCGGCCUCCGAUUCCGAACCCGACGACUCCCGCUCUCUCUCCACCCACACGAUCCAGAACCAAAACCCCAAGCUCCUCCACCUGUCCUUCAACCAGGACCACAGCUGCUUCUCCGUCGCCACGGACUCCGGCUUCCGCGUCUACAACUGCGACCCCGUCCGCGAGCUCUUCCGCCGUGAUUCCGAUCAGCGGGGCGUCGGAAUGGUCCAAAUGCUCUUCCGCUACCAAAUCCUCGCCCUGGUCGGAGGCGGACCCGACCCUCUCUACCCGCCCAGCAAAGUCAUGAUGUGGGACGACAAUGAGUCCCGGUGCAUCGGCGAGCUCUCUUUCCGGUCGGAGGUUAGAGGCGUCAGGCUCCGCCGCGACCGAAUCGUCGUCGUUUUGGAGCACAAAAUCUUCCUCUACAACAUCUCCGACUUAACGCUCGAUCAUCAGAUCGUGACCAUCUCCAACCCUAAAGGACUGUGUGAGGUCUCGCAGGGUUCGGGUCACCCCUUGCUGGUGUGCCCGGGUAUCCAAAAGGGUCAAGUUCGGGUCGACCAUUACGGGUCAAAGCGGACCAAGUUUAUCGUCGCCCACGAUUCGAGGCUCGCUUGCUUGGGGCUCACGCAGGACGGCCGGCUCCUCGCUACCGCCAGCAGUAAAGGGACCUUGGUUCGGAUUUUCAAUGCUUUGGAUGGUUCAUUACUACAAGAGGUAAGGCGAGGAGCAGAGAGAGCAGAGAUUUACAGUCUUGCUUUCUCUUCUGGUGCACAAUGGCUAGCUGUGUCAAGUGACAAGGGCACCGUCCAUGUUUUCAGCGUUAAGGUUGAUUCGGGAUCCUUGGGGUGUGAGAGAUCACACAGACGCAGUGCAUCAGAAUCCAAUCUUCCGAGUCCAUCGGGCAUUUCACCCCUCUCUUUCAUGAAAGGUUUUUCGUUCUCAGGCGUGCUGCCAAAGUAUUUCAGCUCAGAAUGGUCAGUGGCUAAAUAUCACUUGCAGGAAGGUUUGCGGUACAUUGUUGCCUUUGGCCACCAGAAGAACACAGUAGUGAUUCUCGGCAUGGACGGAAGCUUCUACCGAUGCCAGUUUGACCCCGAAAAUGGAGGAGAGAUGACUCAGAUUGAAUACUAUAAUUUUCUAAAGCCAGAAGAAACUUCCUGAACUAGUGCAAAAUGCAAAUAUACAGUUUAAAUUAUUUAGGGUUGAGAUUAGUACGUUAUAAAUAUCUGAGGAGAUGACGAAUGUGCUAGAGAUUGUUCAACAUCGGGGUUACAUGUAUAUAACAGUUGGUUAAUUUUACUGGUAAACUUUUAUCUCCAAA